CUUUCGUUUAUUCCGCGGUUGACCAUCGGGAUUAUUGGCCGAAGCGCCUGGUACAAAAAUUAAAUACAUGCUGGUUUAGAAAAGUAUUUUUUUUUUUCGAAUUGGAGAUUACUCAGUUAAACGAUUUUAAUGGUAGUAUGUUAUUGUAUAUGUUUUGGGGUUUUGUUGCUUGAUAGAGUUGUGUUCUAAUAAUUUGUGUUGUGUAAUUAGUUUAAUAAUUAAUAAAAAGUGAGAGUUUCGCUAGGUAGCGGUCUAUUAAGGAGUACAUACAUAUUUUAUGUCGAAGAUGUGGGUGAUCCUCCCGGCAGCGCUCCUGCCCCUGCUGGUCGCCUCCACGCGCCCCGAUUGCUCCCGAACCGACUACGACAAGUGCAUCGAAAUCGCCGAUCCCCUGGUGAAAGAGGCCCACCUGGUGUUCCCCGACAACAUCAACGACAUCGACCAAGUCUGCGCCACCUGGAACCGGUUCGUCGACUGCCUGAAGCGCUACACCGACGAUUGCUUCACCGACCAGCAGAAGAGGCUCUUCAACAGGGCCGUCGAGAGCCCCAUCGAGAGCGUCCACGAGAUGUGCACCAAUCCCGGCUACCAGAUAGAGUAUUUGAAGUAUGCUCCGUGCAUAAAAAGUACAAUCGUCCAGAGGAUCCAUUGCGGUCCUCAAUACAGCUUGUUGGUGGACCAAGUGGAUCAAGGCGAUAUUAUAUCCAAAUCUACUUUAUGCUGCUCCCACGAUAGAUUCAAGCAGUGUGUCCAAAGAGAGACCCGCAGGCUCUGCGACUUGGGCAAACCGGACGGAGCAGCGACGAAAUUCGCCACACAAAUCAUCGACAAGGCGCUGCGAUUCCUGCAGGAGCAAUGCUUGAACUACAUACCGAAUUCCGGCGACUGCCAGCUGCAGGUCGAUCCUCACUCCGGGAGAUCGGACGCCCUGGGCAUCACCACGUGGGGCGCCGAGACCGAGGGGGUGUUCCCCAGCGCCAGUCCCUCCGGGGGCCCGUCCACGAAUCCGUGGGGGUCGACGGGGUUCUUCAAGAAUAGAGCGGAUGCGGCGAGUGUAUCGCCGAGCGGGGAUUUUCUGGGCGCCAGGUCGAGACCUGGGUCGUACGGGAGGGCCAGUUGGAGCGAUUCCAGCGCUGGUCAAGCGCUGGGGAGCAACACCGUGCAGAUGUAUCCCGAGGUGUCUUCGACUAAAUCCACGCGGCCUGAAUGGUCUUCUUCUUCUUCUGCUGGUUGGGAUGGUAGGCUGCAGAGUACUAGUCCUAGUGUAAUUGGGUCGACGAGGGGUAGUGUGAGAUCUUUCUCUUCGUCGGGAAUGCCGGUUGAAGUUACUUCGGAAACGUGGUAUCCUGCAGCGGGGAAUCCGAUGAGUAAUGAAGUGGAUGCGCCGAAUAAAUUGGGAUUGCAGAAGCCGAAGAAUUCUGGUAUUUCGCUUGGAUCUCCGGGUGGUGUUUGUUAUAUUAUCAUGCUGGUUAUUAACGUUGUUGUGGUUCGAUAUUAGUUGAAUUUUAUUAGUGUAGUAGAAAUAAUGUAGUUACCGGUAUUUAUAACAUCACGUACAAAUUGGUUUGGUUGAAAUUUAGUUAGUUUACACAUGUUAAGGUGAGAUUUUAUUUAAUUUCUAGACUCGGUGCCUUCCGAUGGGGGUUGUAAAUAUUGUUUAAAGCCGUUGCACGUCGAUAUAAAUAGUUUUGCGGAGGUAAAAAUUUGAAUAAAACAUCGUGAUUAACCUUUAAGCUAGUCAAAUAAAAAUGAAUUUUAUUUUAAGGUAUAUAUUUUGUGCGUUUUAUUUUUUACGUUUUGUAGUUUGGAAUUAAUGCCAUUUUAAAUAAUGUUCGAAUCUCCAAUCCACUAAAAUUUGCUGCUUUUGUGUAAAUGUAGAAUUAAAACUUGCACCUACAGUUCAAAGACAUCUUUAAACAUGUACAGAUAUGCAGGAGUAAAUUUAUAUAUUUCAUACAAAGCGAUUACUUUGUAAAACUAAAAAUUAAUAAACGUUUAAAAGUA